AUGUCUUCUAUAAAAAGAAGCCCAAAGCAAGAAAUAAUUUCCCAGUUUCACUGUUCAGCUGCAGAAGGAGAUAUUGCCAGGUUAACAGUAAUCCUCAGUCAUUCUCCAUCUCUUCUCAACGAAACUUCUGAAAAUGGCUGGACUGCUUUAAUGUAUGCUGCAAGGAAUGGGCACCCAGAUAUUGUCCAAUUUCUACUUGACAAAGGGUGUGACAGAUCCAUUGUCAAUAAAUCAAGGCAGACUGCACUGGACAUUGCUAAAUUUUGGGGUUAUAAGCAUAUAGCUAACUUACUAGCUAAUGCUAAAGGUGGGAUGAAGCCUUGGUUCCUAACUAAGGAAGUGGAAGAAUGUGAAAAUUAUUUUAGCAGAACACUAUUAGACCGAAAAAGUGAAAAAAGAAAUAAUUCUGAUUGGCUACUAGCUAAAGAAAGCCAUCCAGCCACAGUUUAUAUCCUUUUCUCAGAUUUAAAUCCCUUGGUUACUCUAGGUGGCAAUAAAGAAAGUUUCCAACAGCCGGAAGUCAGGCUUUGUCAGCUGAGCUACACAGAUAUAAAAGAUUAUUUGGCUCAGCCUGAAAAGAUCACCUUGAUUUUCCUCGGAGUAGAACUUGAAGUGAAGAAAGAGUCCUUUAAUUAUGCUUCAGAAGUCCCAAGAGAAGAAGAUGGGUUGGUUGCCUGGUUUGCUCUAGGUAUAGAUCCUGUUGCUGCUGAAGAAUUUAAGCAAAGGCAUGAAAAUUGUUAUUUUCUUCAUCCUCCAAUGCCAGCUCUUCUGCAGUUGAAAGAAAAAGAAGCUGGGGUUGUAGCUCAAGCAAGAUCUGUUCUUGCCUGGCACAGUCGAUAUAAGUUCUGCCCAACGUGUGGAAGUACAACUAAAAUCGAAGAAGGUGGCUACAAAAGAGUAUGCUUAAAAGAAGGCUGUCCUAGCCUCCACGGUGUUCACAAUACAUCCUAUCCAAGAGUUGAUCCCGUGGUAAUCAUGCAAGUUAUUCAUCCAGAUGGGACCAAAUGCCUUUUAGGCAGGCAGAAAAGAUUUCCCCCAGGCAUGUUUACUUGCCUUGCUGGAUUUAUUGAACCUGGGGAGACAAUAGAAGAUGCUGUUCGGAGAGAAGUAGAAGAGGAAAGUGGAGUCAAAGUUGGCCAUGUUCAGUAUGUCUCUUGUCAGCCAUGGCCAAUGCCCUCCUCCUUAAUGAUUGGUUGCUUAGCUGUGGCAGUGUCUACAGAAAUUAAAGUUGACAAGAAUGAAAUAGAGGAUGCCCGCUGGUUCACUAGAGAACAGGUUGUGGAUGUUCUGACCAAAGGGAAGCAGCAGGCAUUCUUUGUGCCACCAAGCCGAGCUAUUGCACAUCAAUUAAUCAAACACUGGAUUGGAAUGAACCCCAAUCUCUAA